AUGCGUUGGAUUUUAUCACCGUUCAUUCUAUGGUGGCACUCACACUUAGCCACUACCACACGACACAUCUCCCCAUUCGAACUAACUGUCAAUUCCGGGGCCAUUCGGGGCGAACGAUUGUUGAUAGAUGGUCAAGAUUAUACAGUUUUUAAAGGAAUACCCUUCGCCAUGCCACCUGUGGGCUAUCUCAGGUUUCAGGGAAGUAUGCCAAAAGAACCAGCGAAAUGGCGAGGGGUGAUGAAUGCAACACAAUACAGUGCAAUGUGUAUGCAAAACAUAGACGAAAACGACGCAGGAGAACCCGAACGAUACGUUGCUCAUGUUUCCGAAGACUGUCUCUAUCUAAAUGUCUUUUCGCCGACUCCGUACCAGUACACAAAUGACACAUAUCCGGUGAUUGUUUUCAUCCAUGGCGGCAGAUUCCAAACUGGUUCCGGAAGCGACAUUCCUCAGCGGGCAAUUCUCAGCAACUUUGUGUCACGCAAGGCAAGUAUUGUUUUCGUCACAUUCAACUAUCGAUUAGGACCAUUAGGAUUCGCAUCAACGGGUGAUAGCGUGUUACCAGGAAAUAUAGGAUUAUGGGAUCAAAUUUGGGCUCUCAAAUGGGUAAAAGCAAAUGCCGAAGUAUUUGGAGGAGAUCCCUCAAAUAUUCUUUUGAUGGGCCAUGGAACUGGAGCAGCUUCUGCAUCACUGCUAGCGUUGUCACCAAGAGCGGAAGGUCUAUUCCAAAAAGUUUUAUUGAUGUCCGGCUCUGCUCUCCAGCCAGGAGUCGUUCGUAACACACAAGUCAAUGCCACGUGGAAUAUGAACGACCGGUUUGGUUGCAGAGCAUUCAACUCAUCAGAGCUACUUGAUUGUGCUAGGAAGCGAUCGAAAGAAGAAAUCUUUCAAUACAAACGUCUUCAUUACGAUGAUUAUGAAGAGUUCGUGCCAAUUAUCGAUGGUGUCGGAGGUGUGCUACCUGAGCCACCGGAACAGUUGACACUACAUCGAAGGAAGACUCCGAUUGUAAUUGGAACUACAAAAGAUGAAAGUUCAUUGAGGAUAUUACUCCUCAACGAAAAAGAGCUCAAUUUUUCUUCCAUCACAUGGGAGCAUGGAGAAAAGUUGGCAGAAAACCUGACGAUGAGUUAUAAGCAGUUUCAAAACCAUCGUUUGAUAUCACAAGGCUGCAAGUCAGAAUAUGUAUGGACUCAAGUGGAUCCAUCGUUUCCUGAAUCUGUCUUGUUCAAUUCUCUAUUAAAAAUGUAUUCCCACUUCUGGUACGACGCCCCUGCAUCUCAAUUAGCCACAUACUACCUCAAACACGAUUUACCGGUUUAUCUAUAUUCUUUCGAUCACAUCAGUGAAAAUUUUUAUGAUAUUGAUAGAGCUUUUCAUGGCGUUGACAAACUACACAUAUUCAACGUCACACCUAGGUUUUUGAAUAAACGAAAAGAUAUGAACUGGCAACUGGAUCAGCGAGUUGUUGAGAUUUUCUCCGAGUUGGUCGCCAACUUUGCACUUUAUGGCACGCCUACACACGAAAACGAUGGAUUCAGUUUCAAUUGGACGACAACGACGGCAAAAGAGUUGAGCUAUCUCUCGAUCACUGAUAGUCCAAGCAUGCAGGUUGGGUAUCGGUGGCAGGGUCACGUGUUCUGGAAUUGGUACGCCAGGUCGCUGGACGCUGUCGAUGUAGGGAACAUACAAAGGAUUGCUCAACUUGACCGAGAUGUGGGCAACUGGCAGUUCGCCACCGCCAUGCUCUCAUUUUGCUCACUUUUCUUCUUCGCCAUCCUUGUCGGUCUAGCGUGCUACUGUACACGAAAAGAAUCCGACGAAGACGAACUAUAA